AGUACGCGAGCCGGACUGACCGAAACCUUGUGUAAAUCCUUUUAUACAUAAAAGUUUUGAAACUGUGGUUUUAUUUACUGUGAAGGUUGUUUAGAGAAAAGUAUUUGACUUUAUAAUCGAAAAAUGUUUUGUAUUGAAAUUAGUGCCUGUGGAAGUAUUUAAUGGUGUUUGAGAAACGUCUAAUAUAAGAUUUGAGAAAUAAUGGAAUUCUGAAUUAUGACUAUCAAGAAUAAAAAUUGAAAAUGAUGACAAAGAUGUAAAUAGUUAUUCUUAUACAUAUAAAGUUUAAGAAAUGAUGGGACUCUGAAUUACGACUAUAUCAAGAAUAAAAAGUGGAAAACAAAGGUGUAAAAAGUUGUUGAGAACAACGUAAUGAAAGUUUGAGCAGUGAGUUUAAAAUAAAACUACGUAAAUAAUUCAAAGAAUGUAGAGUAAAGUAACUUCGAUUUUCUAGUGGAUAAUAGUAAAAGUGAAUGUAAAAUAAAUAUGGAUAAAUCAGAUAAAAAAUAUUGUAAAACCAUUGAUGAUUUGGAUACGGAUGGCAUUGUGAAAAUAUUAAAAAGAUGGGAUAUGGAUGAAUUUGUUGAUUUUGUGGAAGAAAAACAAGUGGAUGGCAGGAAAUUAUUGGACAUUACUGAAGGCAUAGUGAAAUUAUGGCGACCAAAAGUCAACGCUAAGAAAUUCAUAUCCUUUAUCGGAGAUCUGAAACUUAAUUCCAACAAAUAUCUCAAUGCUGAUACAAAUAAGAACGAAGAUAUACUUAAAAAACGUGAAUCAAUAGAAAGUCAAUACCAAACAGUGAUUCGCAAGAAAUCAAAAGAAGAAAAUGCUGUGGUACCAACAAACAGUAUCGAAGAAUUAUUGAAGAGAAUAGUGCCAGCGAAAAGUUUCUUAUACAGGAAUCAAACAAAAUCACUAGACAAAACGGUUCCUUCGUAUUUACCUAUGAGUGCCACAUCUCCCAAAAAGGCUAGAAAACUUUUCAGGCUAAGUUCAUACGACUAUCCCAUUUUCGAUCUACGGUCACGCAGCUCCAAAGAAGUUAGCGAUAGAGGGUACUAUCCUAUGAAAAGAAACAGCAUAUUUUACCUUAACAAACCAUUCAAAAAACAAGAUAGCAGAACUAAAUACAAAUCAUUAGCAACCGCAGAAGAAUUAACAGAUAAAUAUGCAGAAGACCACUUUUACGAAGACCUCUGUUAUAAUGAAGUAGAAGAGACACAAAAAGAAACUGUUUUAAGAAAUUCAACAGCUGAUUCAGUUACUGUGACGCCACGAAUUGUAAAAUUUCAAAAUUUGUUUAAGAAUUUCAAAAUACCGUUCUUAAAGAGACCUGAAGAAGUUGUGGUAGAAGAUAAUAAAAUUGAAGUAAAUGAUAAAGAGUCAAAUAUAUAUGAGAAUGGUGACAGUAUGAGCAAUAUGUAUGAUUCAGUGCACGUUAAUAGACAAAGUGAAGUUGAAGAUAGAAAAGACCGGACAAAGUUGCCCGUGGAAGAUUAUCUGGAGCCAGUACAAGUCUCAAAAGACUAUAUGGACGUGCAGUACAAUAGGCAGAAAGAUGAUUCCAUCCUUGGCUACAUCAUGAGCAUCUUCGAAAACACAUUUGGCUUGCGAAGAGAAACAAAUGUCGCGAUUGAGUCCGAAGACUCGGACAGCGAGUCCCAGAAGACUGCGUCUCCAAGCUCAGAUCGAUGGACGGAGAAGAGUAGAAGUAUGGUGGACCGGCCACUCCCAGUGCCAGUGGAAAAUGAACCCUAUUACAUGAACAUAGAUCGGACUGAGGCGGAGAAUUUAUUGAGGGGACAACCGGAUGGCAUGUUUGUGCUGAGACCUUCCAGCCAGACGACCCACGCGUACACCUUAACCGUGGCUUGCUCUGGAGGCGUCCACAACGUAGGUGUUCGUAGGAGAUCUGACGGACGGCUGGCCUUGGGCUUCUCUCGCCGCGGAGAACGGACGUUCACCUGCAUCGGCUCGUUGUUGCGCCACCAUCAGAAGAAGCGCCUCUUGUUGGUGGCGGAAGGUGGCGUGAUUGGAGCUACCACACUCACUGAGACACCACAUUACUACCAAAGUCCAAGUAGUAUACCAGUUCCUAUUUGCAAAGUGUAAAUUUAGGGAUGCUUUUUAAUUUCAGUCUUAUGACGUAGAGUUAAGAUUGAAAAUUAAGAUUUGGAAUAAACAGCUUUUAAUCUGUCACAAUUUAUUACGGGUUUGUUGUCUGGUAAAUAGGAGUCCCUUCGAUUCUUGACCUUGUAAAGCGACCUGUGGGUUUAAUUUUACCCCAUGAAGACAUAUAGGGUAGUGUCCUAUGUUUAUUUUUGUACAUUAUUCUACAUGUAACAGAAAAUAAUACGAAAACGAAUUUAUUCUGUGAAAUCAUCGUCAAAA